AUGCGCGUGCGGCCUACAGGGAAAACCGAUCGAAGAUGGCGGGAAGAAACAUCAGAAGAACAGAUGGAGUACGUCUCUCCCGUGCUGCCCAAAACUUGGCUAAUGUUUCCAGUCAUCGAAUACAACCUGCGCGAACCGUCCAUGACCCACGGCAAAAAGGGCUUCUCGCGCCUAGAUUGGGCCUGCAAGAACGUCCUCGACCAGAGCCUCGCCUGGCUCUUCUACAACUUCAACCCGUCAUCCCAUGAGUCGCUGCGCGCGGGCAAUGAACCAAUAUCUCUACACCAUCCCUCGAUCCACACCAUCGAGCCCACAGCGACAAAGCUACCAGAUACACUAGUACCUAAGCUCACAGUACCGAUGCUACCGUCACUAUACGACUCCGAAGACGCACUCGCUCUCCAGGAAUACAUAUCGAUGCUGUGCCUCAACUCACCACGUGUCUCUGCAUUCGACAACAUAGAUCCGCAUCUCUCACGCUACGAAGUGUCGACCUUCGAUGGCCUCGUUGAGCUCGCAACGAGGGAUAUGGUUAGAGUGAGGUGGAGAGGCUUCAUACCACCGCAAUUUGUGCAAGAGUUGUUUCUGCUGGUGCGGAAGGAGCGGUUGAAAGUAGAGAAGGGCAGGGACGGUGAGGUGAGGGAUGGCAGGGAGUCGAAGGAGGAGAGGUGGGUGGCUUGGUCGGCAGCGGGGUUUGGCGGUCGAAGGGAGUGGACGGUUAUGCAAUGGGCAGGAAGGGAGACGUUGGUUUGGGAUUGUGAGGGUUAG